CUAAACUAUAGCAGAAAUGCCCACAUGUCUGUCCUUGGUAUGCUGCAGGGUUCCAGUGAAAGUCACUGCUAACUGGAGGAAGCCACACUUCCUACACAUUUCUCUACGCUUCAGCUCUGACGAAGUCUUCUCGACUCGAAAUGUACUCUCUUGCCCUCUCUCUCUCUCUCUAUACUUUGUACUUUAAGUGCCUGUUUCUAACAAAUACUUAUCUGCUAGGGAGCAGCACUUGCCUUCUCGCAGUACGAAAGUAAUUAUAGAUAAACUGUUCUUCACUGAAAGAUUCUAUCGGGUGGAGAGAUUGCAAGAUAUUAACUAGAGAGUGUGAAAUUCAAGGAAGUCCCUCUUGGCUUUUGUUCGCGAGAAGCAGUUAGUUGUUGAAAGGCGUCUGCAGAAGCAAUGGUCCUUUUCAACACAACUGGGGGUCGGAAUGGGACGCUCCAGGCGAUGCCAGUGCAAAAUGCAGUGGCGUGUGCUGUCCUCAGUCUGGCCUGUCUCGUCGGAGUCCCGGGGAACUUGGUCGUGAUUGUGACAAUUCUCGGUAACAUUAAGCAGCGAUCUUCCACCAUCACUCUCAUUCUGUCUCUGGCCGUGGCCGACUUUGUGGUGCUGGUAACUUUGCCGUUUUGGAUUUACUUUCUGGCCGAUUCGUGGAUUUUUGGGAUCCGGCUCUGGCAACUGACGGUCUACCUCAUCUUCACAUCCAUGUACGCCAGCGUCUUCUUCAUCACUGCGCUGAGUGUGGAGCGCCUGGUGGCCGCGCUCUACCCAUUCCGCAUCCAGGCCUGGUGGCAGAGGGCAGCAGUCAGAAAAGUGGCUGCGUGCGUUUGGAUUCUGGCUUUACUUCUGGCUGUUCCUUCUGUGGCAGUUGAACUCAAGUUGGAUGAAAAUGGACGGCCGUAUCAAAGAGCUUAUUCCUCUGACCGACACCAGAUAGGUCUCUUUCUGUUGGAAACCCUGGUGGGGUUUCUUAUUCCUUUCAUCACUCUGUCUAUCUCAUAUGUCAGUGCUUCUCAAAGAAUCAAACAAAUGGUCUCUCAGAGAAGAAACAGAUCGGUGAAGCUCAUUGCAGGCAUCGUGCUGGUGUUUGCCAUUUGCUGGUUUCCUUAUCACACAGGAAACAUUGUUAAAAUUUCUUCACUCUUGGUGAAGAGUUCAAAUCCAGAACUCUCACAGAAACUGGACAAGGCUUACCAGUCAAUGAAAGAUGCAUCUGGGGCGCUGGCUUUCAUAAGCAGCUCCAUCAACCCCAUUCUUUAUGCCUUUGCUGCUCGGAACUUCAAGGAUGGAUUUAAAACUUCAAAUUUUGCAAAACUCUUUGAACAACUGAACAGUUUUAAGGAGAGAAGGGAGAAAGGGAUGAACGACUCGGAACGUCAAUCUGAAUCAAGAGUUUAACAGGGGAACCUUUUUGUUAUAGAAAUUAAGACAAUGUGACCAUGUAUUGUUGCCUUUUCUAGCUAAAAAGAAGUGAGGAAUGGUUAUAGAUUAGUUGUGUGUUACAGCACGUCCUUGCUGCUGAAUAACAUGACCUGAAAAAUGUUGGAAAUUUUGUAAACUGCUUUGUAUCUCAUAAUGCUUUGUUAUCAGUUCAUAACUAAUUGGAUUACAAAAGGAAAAUUUGAAACCAGGAGCCUUUUAUUGCUCAUGUUUUGGCCACCUGUAGAAGCUGAUAGUUGGGCAUUUGUCAGGAGCAGGAGAUGGAUUUUUUUCAGAGAGAAAACCCAGUGGUUACAGGCACCAGUGGACCGCCUGUGUACUGUAGCAUUUGAGACCAGUAUUGGCUGUGAUGCCAGUAAAACUGGUUAUGUCACCAGCACUGAUUGUGACAACAUGGCACCAUCAAUUCUGGUCACAGCAACAGCCAGGGGUGUGGCAUUAAGGUGCCAGUGAGCAUGCAGUAUAUAUGUGUGGGGCGAAAUGUAGGUGGCUCAUGCCCAGAUGAGUUAUGCAAAUCUUCUCAGGUUGAAUGACAGGAAUUAAAUCUGCGAGUUUGUCCCCGACUGAUAAAAAUGAGGAUGCCUAGCCAACACCAAUUGCAGUACUCAUUCAAGAAUUUGAAAGCUAUCUGAUUACAAGCCUAAAUCACAGAAGUACACAGCCUAAUCAUAGAGGGGAUGCUUUUAAUGAUUCUGUGGCAAGCAACUAAACUCAG